AUGAAGUCUCAAGUCGGAAUUCCCAUCCGUAGCAUCAUACAGCCCAUUGUUAAUGCCAUCAACGUCCAAAGCAACCUCGCAUCUUUUGAACCCGAUCAGCGGACGACGUACUCGAGCUGGCUUUCCCCCCUCAUCUGUUCUCAUCCGCUCGGUGCAGAUCGAUGGGUGCAUGGCGAACAGUAG